GCAUUACACUCGCUCCAUCCUUCCACCAAUGAGGAGACUGGAAAAACAACAUUAGCUUUGCGAUAGAGCCGAAACCCCGAUCGGACCCGGCGUUAUUCAAACUUCUGAGUCGUUACGUGUGAUUUGUGAAACUUAUUUCUCAUAUUUUUUGCGGUAAAUCCGCCGCCAAAGUUGCGGCUGCGACUCGCGGCGGCGAUAACUUGUGGGAUUAGUUCGUAUGCAGCCCGACAGCGGAGGGUGACAGCGGUGGGAUGGGCUGUGAGGUGUUCAAGAUGGCGGCGCCCUGUGGAGUGCAGCUCCUCUAACAGCGGUGCCUGGAGACCGUAUCGGAGGGUGGGCCCAGGAGUCCUCCAGGCAGGCAGGGACUGACACCUUGACAGAGAGACACUGCCUCCACCUCCUGCACUGCCACCGCCACCAUGGCCAGGGAGCAGCCCAAUGUGGGGGACCUCCUCCCACUCCUGGAGACCUCCGACCUCCACCAGCUAGAAGAGAUCAGAGGCCUUAUCAAUGAGCAGCUGAGCACCGAGCGAGGGUCCAUGCUGCUGAACGGCCUGGUGGAAUACUUUUUGGAAACAAAUUCUACCCAGGCCAUGCAUAUCCUCUCCUCAGUCAGAGAGCCACAUGAUAAGCACCUUCUGGACAAGAUGAAUGAGUGCAUGACCAAGCAGGCCUGCCGACUGCCCACCCUCACCCUGCUCGGCCAUGUAAUCCGCAAGCAGCCGUCCUGGAUCCACAAGAUAGCUCGAUACCCCCUGCUGCUCUCGCUGCUCAAAUGCCUCAAGACGGACACGGACGUAGUUGUGCUGAUAACUGGAGUGCUGGUGUUGAUCACUCUGCUACCCAUGAUCCCUCAAGCGGGGAAACAACACCUGUGGGAGUAUUUUGACAUCUUCGGCCGCCUGGCAUCCUGGAACCUUAAGAACCCUGGGCAUAUUUCGGAGGUUUAUCUAAUCCAUCUGCACGCCAGCGUCUAUUCCCUCUUCCACCGCCUCUACGGCAUGUACCCGUGCAACUUUGUGUCCUACCUGCGAUCCCACUACAGCAUGAAGGAGAACAUGGAAACAUUUGAGGAGGUAGUAAAGCCGAUGCUUGAACACGUUCGUAUACAUCCUGAACUGGUGACUGGAACAAAGGACCAUGAGCUUGAUCCCACAAGGUGGAAAAAGUAUGAAAUCCACGAUAUCGUCAUCGAAUGUGCCAAAGUGUCUCUAGACCCCAAGGAGGCCUCCUGUGAGGAGGGUUACGCCACCAUGCCUGAGAGCUUUUACCCCCAAAUCCACAUGCGACCACAAGACUGCGCUUCCAGCCCCUACACAGACCUCCACAGCAGCUAUCGAAGCUCUUCUUCGACCCCAUUCUCAACUCCACGGCAGCCGUUACCCCCGCCCCUGUCCUUGCCCCCCUUACCAGGGACACAGCCCUCCUACCGCAGUCCACAGACCUCCAGACGCCAGAACUCAACCUGUGAACUCAACUCUUCCUGCGGGGGGAAGGAUCCUCUGUGGAGCCCCUCCUCGUUGUGUGGCAUGGCCACUCCCCCUUCCUCCAGGGGCAUGUCGCCCAACUUGGAGCUCUCCCACAGUGCCUCACACCUUCCCAGCCGCUUCCACUGCACAUCAGGAGGGAAAGGAACGCCUGCCUCAAGCACUCCAGCCCCCUCUUCUCCACCACCCACCCUAUCAGAUGACUUUCCCAUAAUCUCAUUACCAGCCAACACAGUCCAGUCCAGUCCCCCAAGAAAGGAUCGGCGACAAGGAGACAGUAAACCCACGCUGAUGCGUCAGGAGCCAGUGAAAGACACGGAGAAGAGUUCAGAAAUAACAGCAAAUAGAGAUGUUUCCUCUUUAGAUGCAGGAGCUGCUGAGAAUGUCUCCAUGACUUUGACAGAGCUGUCGGUCUUCAUGAAGAAACAGGAGCUGGAGCUUCAGCUGAGAACAGAGAAGGAGAGGGAAGAGGCUGCCAUCACAGAGGAGCUGCUGAAGAUCACCGAAGAUACACAGGAGCUGCCGGGCCUGAGGGGCUUCGACUCCCCUUUCUAUCACACCACUGAGACUCUGACUGGCUGUCAGGCACAAGACAAGACCCACUCCAGCGCCCAGCCUGAAGGCCCCAUCCGGGACCCCCACCGUGUUGUAUCAACGCCAGACAAAGCGGAGAACACAGCGAGCACCAGCGGCGUUGGCAGUGAAAGAGGAGGUGGAGGAGCAGGAGGAGACAGCAGGAGUUCAGCCCUCGGCCUCGAGCAGUCCUGGUCCUUCCAGUCCGGUUUCACCCCGAUCGAUCACCACCUGCACCGGUGUCCCUCCGCCCCAGACGACGAGGUGAGCAAGUUGGGGAUGUUCUCCCCAAGCCCGUGCAGCAAGACGCCAGCCCCUGUGCCCUACGAGUCGUUUUUCGACCUGGCUCUGCCCAGGGCGGCUUCGCUCUUCGUGGGCCAGAAGACAUCAGAGGCGGUGCACAAGGCGGCGAUGGAGAAGCUGCUACAGCAAGAGGAGGGAUUGGAGGACGGGGAGGAGGAAGGGGUAGUGACUGCUUCACCACUGGAGGUGCUGGAUCGCCUUGUUCAGCAGGGGAGCGACGUCCAUGAUAAAGUUCUUAAGAGGUGA